GUCUGAAAAGAUCUCAGUCAGGUCGGAGCUGGCAUCAGUCUGAUUCUCUUUGUCGUCAGAUCUGACUGGUCAGGAGCGAGGCGCCAUGGUCGACACAGCCCACAGGAAACUGGCAAACAAAAAGAAAGUCUCAAAAGAAUGGGAAGUGCUCCAAGAGAAGCUCAUGGGAGGAAGGAUGGAAGCAGGGAAGGACACUGUCAGCACAAUGGGAUUUAUAAAUUCAAGAAAACAUGAUGGUCGAGGGGAGCCAAAACUGGCUACCCUUUGCGACCGCAGUGAGAGCGUCUUGAUAGAUGAUGUUGGACAAAAUAGCAACAAAAGUCCCAUUUGAGACUAGCGCCGAGGGGCG